AAUUCAUUUCAAACACGCAUGGCAAACUUGGCUGAAAAAAUGUCACAACACGGUAGCAAGAAAAGAAAAUUAGACAGGAGUACAGAGGACUACAUGUACUUUGACAGCUACUCCGAUGUAACUAUUCACGAGGAGAUGAUUGCAGACACUGUGCGCACUAACACGUACCGAAUGGGCAUUUUUAAAAACAGUAAGUCCAUAGAGGGGAAAGUGGUGCUGGAUGUAGGAGCCGGUACAGGAGUCCUCAGCCUAUUCUAUUCUGUGAUCUUCGCCCGGGAUAAGUGGCUCAGACCCGGUGGCCUUAUAUUACCAUGCAAAGCGGAUCUCUACAUCGCUCCCAUAAACGAUCUAGUAGUGGAGGGCAGGUUGGAUUUUUGGAGCACCGUUAAAGGACAAUACGGCGUGGACAUGUCAUGUAUGACCGAUUUUGCCAGAAAGUGCAUCAUGAACAAAGACAUCACUGUGAAUCCGGUCACGGUGGAGGACGUGCUCUCUCAUCCGUGCAAGUUUGCCGAGCUGGAUUUGCACACGGUCACACUCGAGCAGCUCAAAGAUGUUCGGGGUGUGUUCAGCUGUAAGUGUUUCGGGUCGUCUUCCAUCCACGCGUUGUGCGUGUGGUUCACAGUCACUUUCCCGGCAGAGGAGAAGGCCCUGGUGCUCUCCACAUCUCCCUUUAAACCGGAGACGCACUGGAAACAAGCGGUGUUGUAUCUAGAUGAUGCUGUGGAUGUGAUGCAGGACACUAAACUUGAAGGAGAGAUUAGUUUGUACCCCUCUGAAGAGAACUCGAGACACAUAUGUAUCCGGGUCGACUAUGUGAUAGGGGAACAGAAAAAGCACUCCAAGAUAUUUUCUAUUCCUGAUCAAUAUUUAGAAGUUUAACAGACAUUUGGACUUUUUUUUUUUAUUUCACAGAAUAACUUCCUUUUUGCCAUGAAUGGUACUGUGUGUGAAACUGUAAAUGUUAAGUGUCUGGAAAAAAAAGUUCAGGUUUGAAUUUUGGACAACACACAAAGUUAAAUAAAUAAACAGUG